AUGAGAUUGGGAAUACUUCUACUGUUUAUCCUGGGAAUGUGCCAGUGCAUGUCAUACAAGGAAAUAGAGCAAGUUGCGCUGUACAUAAAGGCAUUACAAGAUGCCGGACACACAACUAUAUUCUCGCUAUUUAAUAUAGACAGAAACGCAAGCAGGCAAGAAAUUACCAAAAGCCAAUCAAAGCUUAUAAAGGAGUGUUACAUAUCCAAAAUAAAGGGAAGGUCCAUGCCAGUCGGAAAGAACUUGUCUGAAAUGGAAGCAAAAUCAAUAAUAGUCAAUGGGUACCAAAUACUCACACAGCCAAAAUUAAGAAAGGCGUACGAUUGGAUACUAGAUGAAGCACACCCACAGUUCAUGGAGAAUUACAAGUCUAGAACGCACAAGAAAGCACGCGUACCCAUUGUCAUGCCAUCUAUUGGUGUAUUGAUUUUUAGUGUUAUAUUUACACUGGUUGUGUUUGAUGGUAUGCGAGUAUACAUAUCACAGAAGAGUGAAAUUAAAAAAGCAAUGAAAUCCAAGAUCAGUAAAAAAGAGAAAAAACAACUGAAAAAAAUGAGUAUCAGUAUGAAGGACAUGUAUAUAUGCAGAGGAUACAAUGCAUGCUAUAAUAUGAUUGCAAAAUUUGGGGGAAAACCAGAGAGUAAUUAACCCAAAGAUAUAAAAUAAAUUGAG